GGCCGGCGGGCCCGCGCUUUGCCGAGCUCCGCUGGCGUUCGCUGCAAAAUUCCGUGGAAGAACCACCGAAUGAAUGGCCCUCAUACUGGGACGGGGGCCCCGGGCCCCCGCGGGGCUCCAGAUCUCGCAGACUCGCUCCGCAGCGAGCAACGCUCCCGGCUGUUUGCGCGCGAGGCGGGGCGCGGGACUCCCUCGGCCCCAGGCGCCCCGAACCCCUCGGCGGCGGAAUGGAGCCGCAGGCAGGGCGGCGCCCGCGAGGACCGCGGGAAGCGGGAGAACGCGGACUGUGAUUCCUGGGUCCGAGAUAAAGUGCUCUUUCUUUUGCACCCGGAGAGGUGGCUGGGGACUCAGGGGGACGCCGCGCGGGAAGAGGUGGCCGAUGAGGAGGACCUUUUCAAGGCGGAAGGACAGGACCAGGCACCCAACCGCUCUUCUCUCUUUCCACGGAAAAUUCGAAUUUCUGGCAGCCGUGUAGACGCUCCCUCUCGAGCUCCCAAACCCCUGCUCGUGCGCGUCUUGGAUUAUGAGGUGACACAAGAAGUCCUGGAGGUCGCUUGGGCGAAGGGCAGCCUGACCACGCGGACAGAGGAGCGCUCCCUGACCGCGGUCACUUUCCGCACCAACAGGGAGUGAGGCGCGUUGCGGGGCGCCAGGAUCCCUGGAGAAGCCCGCGCUCUCGGCACAAAGAGGAACACCGUGUCCACGCAGAGAAGAUCGCUUCACCGACCGGAUACCCGGAGGAGAUUCCCGGGGCUAGAGGAGCCCGGGGGAUGUUCGGGGACGGUGGAACAGCGCAUAUCGAGAAAAUGCGCUUCCGGAAGCUCCAACCUGCGAUUAACAAAACAGCAAGAACAUUUUCAGAGUCUGGCCGUGCUCUCCCGGAAGGCACAGGGCACCCAAUGCAGACUGAAGAACUGUGUUCCUGAUCCCUGAAUAGAACCCUGUCAUGGAUGGAAGCUGAGGAAUCCUCCGGUUAACAGUGUCCUGGGAGUAAAUCCAAAUGGAAGCUUGGGCAUCCUCAACGCCAACUUGAUUUAAAGCCAAGUCUCUGAGAAUGACUGGCUCUUGGAUCUUUGGUCUUACCUCCACCUCACCAAAUAUGUGAUCAUAUACAACUGUCUUAUGUGGAUGAACCACAGCAACGACUUUGGAAGCCAGCUGACCACUCAAGUGGCCAAAGACACAUAUGACAGCCACAUAACUGCUGUGGAUCAGGCAAGUGUCAGCCUCUUUUAACCUUUGUCCACAGCCUCCGUCAACUUUGAGAGUUGCUGAUCUUAUUCUUGUUGGUCAUCACUAGCACUUGAUGUGCCUUUUUGCUGAAAAAAA